AACCCGUCAUUGUCACCCUGAAACGGGACGUGUGGCGUGUGAUACACAAUCUCCGGAACGUGGUGUUGCCAAUGGGACGAGGCGAAGGAGCCCACAGCUCCAUCCGUGACUGGGACUUGUGGGGUCCCUUCUUCUUCAUCAUCUUCCUCGCCUUCAUCCUCUCAUCCUCAGCCUCCGAGAACAAGUCCAAAGUCUUUGCGGUGGUCUUCGGCGUCCUCUCCUCAGGGGCAAUUAUCCUCACUCUCAAUGUUCUCCUUCUG